UUUGUUAUUCACACCAGAUAAAUGCAGAACUUGUGGACUUUUCCUCCACAUUCAAUAACUAAAUGCAGUUAGAACAAUCACAAAGGUCACCGUUGCUUUUGCUUUAAUGUCCCACCACAUUUGUUUUUUAUGAUAUGAAGUUAAUGGAUGUGAUGGUUAUCUGCACAAUACAUCAUGAGAUCAAAGUCUGUAUGUAUCCAUUGUGUCAUGAGCAAACAUCCAGCCCGGCAACCUUGAUAGCGGCCGUACAAAGUGCCUUGCUUUUGAGUCCUCCAAGCCCAAAGAUCCUAUUGAUUCAAUUUGUGUUUGAACUCCGUACGGAUGUUCCUUACUUCCGUGGCUUUGCCCUUAAGCGAAGCCCUGCACCAUGACUCGUCCAUCGAUGGCGCCCAAGUGGCCAGCAGUAAGAAAAGCUCAAGGCCUCACUAUGGAUCCCAAUGAGGCCAGCGGGGGCGAGAAGGAGAAGGAGAAGGAGAAGGAGAAAGUGAUAAAGAGGAGGAACCGGCCCGUGUUCCUGCGCUACCUGGAGAGGAGGAAGACGGACACUAUUGUGGCUGAAGACUCGGCCAAAUGGGACAUCAACCUCGGGACGCUGGUGAGGAGGAGUCAGUCCGACAAGACGGAGUACAGCGCCAAACUUAAAGAGAAAAUGACACCACUGGACCGGUCCGCUCCCCCCUCUCCGGCACUGGACCCGGAGGAGGUCCGGUCCAGGAAGAUGAAGCGCAGGGCGAUGGUCAUUCAGGAGCUGGUGCAGACUGAAAGGGAUUUCCUCACAGACCUGGAGCUGUCCAUCAGAGAGGUGGUCCAGCCUCUACGCAAUCUGCAGGUUGUGGAUGUGGACACGCUGUUCACCAACACAGAGACAGUGUGUGAGGUUUCUGCAGCACUCCUCCACAGACUGAAUGGGGCCAUCGCAGACCCUGAUCCGGAGGCAGUUGUCAUAGGAGAUAUCUUCAUCCAGGCGAAGGGAGCAAUAGAAGAUGUAUAUAAGAUAUACUGUUACCAUCACGAUGAUGCCAACAUGUCACUCAAAUCCUAUGAGAAAGACGAAGAAAUAAAGCAACAUUUCACCACAUGUAUAUUAUCUCUGAAGAAAAUCUACGACCAAGAAGGGAAACCCAACCUGCUGAACAUGGGUUCCCUGCUCAUCAAACCGGUCCAGAGGAUCAUGAAGUACCCUUUGCUGCUCGGGGAGCUGUGGCACGCCACGCCCGAAGACCACCCUGACUACCACCCGCUGCAGGAGGCGUUCACAGCUGCUAAGAUCAUCAAUGUAAACAUCAACGAGUUCAAGAGACGCAAAGAUAUAGUUAUGAAGUAUAAGCGGUUGGAGGAUGAAGGAACACUGAGGGGAAAACUGCACAAGUUCAACAUCCACUCUAUUCGGAAGAAAGGCGACAGGUUUGCCGGCUAUCUCAAAAUCCUCACUGGAGUUGAACCACAGGUGAGAGAUGAAAUAUUUGAUCGAGAGGAAAAGCUGUUCCGCAGUCUGGAGAAGGCUGUGAGGCAGCUUACCAAGAACGUCCAAUGUUACCUGCAGCACACCCAGGAGAUGGUGUCUGUAGCCGUUCAGAAUGUCCAGGACAUGGAGGACAUCAUCAAGGAUCCAAACAAAAACCUCACCAAUGGCUCUUCAGACACUAAUGGAAACGAUCCCUAUAAGCACUAUAAAGACAGUAUGGCCCGCUUGGUGCUCACCCCCCUCGCGUCACUGCAAGGCAUGUUCACAGCCCCGCAGAAGCUCAUCCAGAAGCGGUAUGAUAAGCUGCUGGAUUACUGCAGCCGACUGGAGCGCUCUUCUUCUUCUUCGUCCUCAUCCACGUCAUCCACCAACUCUUCCUCGCCCUCACCGGUGUCAGAAGACCCGCCGGGUCCCGCCAGGAGGGACUACGAAGCGCUCAAUGCCUUGCUGGUGGAGGAGCUGCAGAGGUUCAACGUGGCCGCCUACAGUAUCCUGACCAACUGCGUGGUGUACCUCGUGGCCCUGCUCAGGGGGCUGAUGGAUAAAAUACUUCUCCGUUCCCCAUCCAUUCAGCAGCUACCAGCUCCCCUGUCCAACAUCGCUGAAGUGCAGAACUGCAUCAUGGAAGAGCUGAACAACCUGACCUUCGUGAAGGACAACGCGCAGAAGUUGAUGGAGCGAAAAGUCAGCUUCGAGAGACAACGAGACAAGAAAAUAGCAGUGCCGGAGGUGCAGCAUCAAACCGAGGAGCAGCGAGCCUGGCUGCUGGCCGAAUACCCGGUGAGCCGCCUGUACCUGCUCAAGAGGAAGUGCAACGGCUGCCAGGAGCAGGACCUCGCCCUCCUGGAGGGGGAGCUCAUUGCCCUGCUGGAGGACACCGACCCAUCGGGCAGCAGCAGCCGCUGGCUGGUUCACACCGGAGGCACACAGGGUUACGUCUACUCCACAUUCCUGAAGCAGUACAACCCUCUGAGGGACUCCCAGCGGGGAGGCCGCAGGGCGAAAGAUCAGCAGCAGCAGCAGCAGCAGCAGCAGGCGCCUGCCAUGGCGGACGAGGACUUUGAUGACCUCAGCCUGUUCGUGUCGGGCAGCGGCAGCAGCAGCCUGCGCAGCUUCAACCUCAACCUCAACACCACCGACAGCGGCUCCACCCUGUCCGGACUGCAGGGCGAGCCCGAGGGCCCCGAGGGCCCCGAGGACACGGAGGCUCAGCAGUUCUAUGCAGUGUAUGCAUUUCAAGCGCGCUGCGACCAGGAGCUGACCCUGCAGGAGUACCAGCACGUCCGCAUCGUUCAGUUCCACGACCUCGGAGGCAAUAAGGACUGGUGGUUAGCCGAGGCCAACGGACAGAAGGGAUACGUCCCGGCCAACUACCUUGGCAGGAUGUCCUACGCAUAAACUGUUUUUAAGCAUGUCACACCCUAUAAAACUGUAAAACAUGUUGCAUUUCUGCACAGUGAAAUGCAAAAAUUGCACCAAGUGUCACCACAUCUUAUAUGUUUCGUACCAAAAGUGUUGAACUUGUUUUGCCUUCAGAAGAUAAUAACAAGAGAGCUCUCUAAUGGGACCAGUGAUCUGUGAUUAACAUAUAUAAUAUGGAAGGAGAAUACAGGGCACUGUGCCGAGCACUUUUUCACUUCAGUGUUGGUGAAUUUUUAAUUGAUGAUGAAGUGAUUUAUCAAUGAAGUUAAUUUUGUAUGUGAACCGAUUCAUACAUGAAGAGUAUAUAUUUAAUGUGAAAUUAAGAAAUAUAUUAUGACAUAUAUAUGUAUUUGAACAAUUGCAUAAUGAAUAAAGGUGAUGAAGUCUUCA